GGGCGCUCUCUGGCCACACCGCGCGGGCUACGAUCUGCUGCGCGACGUGCCCGGUCUCACUCGGCUCGGACGGGCGCACCCGGCAGAGGCGCACCGCGGUGUGCCCCUCCUGCUCCUCCCGCAGGCCCGCCACCGCCUCGUGCGCAUGGUGGAGAUGCAGCCCCGCAGGCUGACGCAGGACCGGCUGGAAGAGGACCGGCGGCAGACGAAGCUGGACUGCGGCGACCAGGACUUCGACGUGCAGGCAUUCGACGAGCUCCUGGAGGACCCAAAGUGGCACCUGGAGAAGGAGAUCCGGACUGUCGGCUUCAACAGCGUGCUCGUGGUCUGCAUACACGUCAUCAACGACAUAAUCGACUCGUUCAGCAGGAAGGAGGAGACAGCCACCCUGGCGCUGGUCAACAGCUGGGGCGACCCCGUGGACGUGCGGCAGGUCUUCGCCGAGUUCUGGUCGCCGGAGCUGCCGCCCGAGAAGCUGGGCUUCUUGAGGGGGCACAAGCGCCUGCAGGAGGAACGGCGAGUGGAGCACCAGGAGGUCUUCAAGAGACUGCUCAGGGAGCACAAGCCAUCCUUCAUCCUGCUGCCGGUCCUCACCAGAGACAUCAGCAGGAUCUUCAGAGGCAUCCGGCAAAUCAUCGAUAGCAAGGAG